GGGGAGCUUGAGGAGGUGGAGUGUACCGCUGCUGGUUUACCUUUUUAUCUCGGAUUUUAGUCUAUAUUGUUGGCACAAACUGCAGACUUAAAAAGGAAUAAGCAUCUUUGACUCAGUUUAGGAAGCUGUGCUGACAGCAGGCUGAGUGAGGAUUACAGACAUGGCAACCCAACCUGAUCUGAUGGAGCUCGACAUGGCGAUGGAGCCGGACCGUAAGGCCGCAGUCAGUAGCUGGCAGCAGCAGUCCUACCUGGACUCGGGUAUCCACUCCGGCGCCACCACCACCGCUCCCUCUCUCAGCGGCAAAGGCAACCCGGAGGACGACGACGUGGACAACCAGGUUCUGUAUGAGUGGGAGCAUGGGUUCAGCCAGAACUUCAGCCAGGAUCAAGUGGCAGACAUCGACGGCCAGUACGCCAUGACGAGAGCCCAGAGGGUGCGUGCAGCCAUGUUUCCGGAGACGCUGGACGAAGGCAUGCAGAUCCCGUCCACGCAGUUCGACAGCGCCACGCCCACGAACGUGCAGCGCCUGGCCGAACCCUCGCAGAUGCUCAAACACGCCGUGGUCAAUCUCAUCAAUUACCAGGACGACGCGGAGCUGGCGACCCGGGCCAUCCCGGAACUCACGAAGCUACUCAACGACGAGGACCAGGUCGUGGUGAAUAAAGCGGCGGUCAUGGUGCACCAGCUCUCCAAGAAAGAAGCUUCUCGCCACGCCAUCAUGCGCUCGCCUCAGAUGGUCUCUGCCAUCGUCAGGACCAUGCAGAACACCAGCGACGUGGAGACGGCCCGGUGCACGGCCGGGACCCUUCACAACCUCUCCCACCACAGGGAGGGUCUGCUGGCCAUCUUCAAAUCGGGAGGCAUCCCCGCUCUCGUCAAGAUGCUGGGCUCUCCGGUGGAUUCGGUACUUUUCUACGCCAUCACGACUCUCCACAACCUGCUUCUGCAUCAGGAGGGAGCCAAGAUGGCCGUGCGCCUGGCCGGAGGCCUGCAGAAGAUGGUCGCGCUGCUGAACAAGACCAACGUGAAAUUCCUCGCCAUCACGACAGACUGCCUGCAGAUUCUGGCCUACGGCAACCAAGAGAGCAAACUCAUCAUCCUGGCCAGCGGUGGACCUCAGGCUCUGGUCAACAUCAUGAGGACGUACACGUACGAGAAGCUGCUGUGGACCACCAGUCGUGUGCUGAAAGUGCUGUCUGUGUGUUCCAGUAACAAGCCUGCUAUAGUUGAAGCUGGUGGUAUGCAGGCGCUGGGCCUCCACCUCACAGACCCCAGUCAGAGACUGGUUCAGAACUGCCUGUGGACCCUCAGGAACCUGUCGGACGCCGCCACCAAGCAGACAUCCUUAGCUGAAGUAGAUGUGAUGCAGGAGGGCAUGGAGGGCUUGCUGGGCACCUUGGUCCAGCUCCUAGGCUCGGACGACAUCAACGUGGUCACCUGUGCCGCCGGCAUCCUGUCCAACCUCACCUGUAACAACUACAAGAACAAGAUGAUGGUGUGCCAGGUCGGCGGCAUCGAGGCGCUGGUGCGCACGGUCCUGCGCGCCGGGGACCGCGAGGACAUCACCGAGCCUGCCAUCUGUGCCCUGCGCCACCUCACCUCCAGGCACCAGGACGCCGAGAUGGCCCAGAAUGCCGUGCGGCUGCACUACGGCCUGCCCGUGGUGGUGAAACUGCUCCACCCUCCUUCACACUGGCCUCUUAUCAAGGCGACAGUCGGGCUGAUCCGUAAUCUGGCCCUGUGCCCUGCCAACCACGCCCCUCUCAGAGAACAAGGGGCGAUCCCUCGAUUGGUCCAGCUGCUGGUCAGGGCCCACCAAGACACCCAAAGACGCACUUCUAUGGGAGGAACACAGCAGCAGUUCGUGGAGGGAGUUCGGAUGGAGGAGAUCGUGGAGGGUUGCACCGGAGCGCUUCACAUCCUCGCCAGAGACAUUCACAACCGGAUCGUCAUCAGAGGACUCAACACCAUCCCGCUGUUCGUCCAGCUGCUGUACUCCCCCAUUGAGAACAUCCAGCGCGUAGCUGCAGGCGUCCUGUGCGAGCUAGCUCAGGAUAAGGAGGCGGCCGAGGCCAUCGAGGCGGAGGGAGCAACCGCUCCCCUCACGGAGCUGCUUCAUUCCAGAAACGAAGGCGUUGCCACGUACGCUGCAGCAGUGCUGUUCCGCAUGUCCGAAGAUAAACCCCAGGACUACAAGAAGAGGCUGUCUGUGGAGCUCACCAGCUCUCUGUUCAGGACGGAGCCCAUGGCCUGGAACGAGACCGGAGACCUGGGGCUGGAUAUCGGCGCUCAGGGGGAGCCUCUUGGCUACAGGCCGGACGACCCCGGCUACCGCGCCUACCACCCCGGAGGCUACGGCCCGGACGCCAUGGGACUGGACCCCAUGAUGGAGCACGACAUGGGCGGGCACGGGCACCACCCCGGCUCCGACUACCCGGUGGACGGCCUGCCCGACCUCGGACACACCCAGGACCUGAUGGACGGGCUUCCCCCGGGCGACAGCAAUCAGCUGGCCUGGUUCGAUACCGAUCUGUAAAUUGUACAUUUUUUUUUUUAGCUGUAUCGAUGGAUGGGAAUGAACCCGCGUUGUGAUUCGGCCUGUAGAGUUGCUGAGCGAUCUCACGAGAGUGGACUGGUUUCUCUGGAAGUGCCUGACACUAAUACGAGUUUCCUGUGGGAACACGAGCACGUUAAACUUUUCGUCCUGUCCUCGGCGGCCCCAGUUCUACCCGCAGAGGAGCGUCGGUGGGCGAGUUACCCGAAGAAAGCUCGAGAAAUGCGUCCCAGGAAGGAAUUCUCACCCAUAACCUUGUCUGUGACUUUCUUUCCACGUCUUUUUUUUAAGGAUACGGCGGUUCAGUACCUACAGCUAGCUUGCUUUGAUACUCAUCUCUUAUUUUUGCAGUCGUCUGAAUUCUUUCCGGGUCUCUCAGUGUUAAAUUAUAUAGUGGUAAUUCUCCAUCGAUUGAGAUUCUAUCGAUUUUAUGUAGAACACUAAUAUGGGUUGACUUGUAUUUCUGAUCAAGUGUAACAUUGUGUAGCUUUUGUAUAAAAAAAAAAAAUGAGAAUUAAAAAAGAAACGGUCCAAAUACCAAUAAUCUUCUUCUUCUUCUAUCAGGUCUUUGUUUCCAGUGUCACAAAAAAGGUCUGCAAUCAGAGGGGACCAGUUCAGUUCAGUCCUUUUAUUUGUAUUAAGUUCUGUUUUUAUUUGAUCGUAGCUUUAGGUCGUUUUUAAAAGAACCCCUUGUUAUUGUAGCCUGUUGUGUUUACUGCAGACAUGGAAAUGACACGGCUCAAUAAAAUAAUGGACAAACUUUACUUUUCGCUUGUCUGAUUGUGACGUCUCGCUGCGGCGAGGGUCGCCGGCUUUGUUCGACUCGCGACUCGUUAUUUGGAAACGCUGACAAUCAAACGGUUCAUAAAUAAAAAGCUUAUUGAAUAAAGAAAACGAACAACAA